UGGAUCCGGAGGGGCUUUGCUCGGCGCAAUCGGUGGGACCGGGCGGGCGCUGCUCCGCGCUCUGGCCGUGGAUGCUCGCCCCGCAGAGAGGAGCUGGGGGUGAGGCCGCCGCGGGCUCGCAGCCUUCACUCGGGGCCGCUGCACUGAAGAAAUGAGUGGUGGCUUGGCUCCAAGUAAGAGCACAGUGUAUGUAUCCAACUUGCCCUUCUCCCUGACGAACAAUGAUUUAUACAGGAUAUUUUCCAAGUAUGGCAAAGUUGUGAAGGUUACUAUAAUGAAAGACAAAGACACGAGGAAGAGUAAAGGUGUUGCGUUUAUUUUGUUUUUGGAUAAAGACUCUGCCUUAAACUGCACCAGAGCAAUAAAUAACAAACAGUUAUUUGGUAGAGUGAUAAAGGCAAGCAUUGCUAUUGAUAAUGGAAGAGCAGCUGAGUUCAUCCGACGGCGAAACUACUUUGAUAAGUCUAAGUGUUAUGAGUGUGGGGAAAGUGGACACUUAAGUUAUGCCUGUCCUAAAAACAUGCUUGGAGAACGUGAGCCUCCCAAGAAGAAAGAAAAGAAGAAGAAGAAGAAAGUUCCUGAACCAGAAGAGGAUGUUGAGGAAGUCGAAGUGAGUGAAGAAGAAGGGGAAGAUCCGGCUCUGGACAGUCUCAGUCAGGCCAUAGCGUUUCAGCAAGCCAAGAUUGAAGAGGAGCAAAACAGAUGGAGAGCCAGUCCAGGGGGUCCCUCAGCCUCCGAUGAUUCCAGACGACCAAGGAUAAAGAAAAGCACAUAUUUCAGUGAUGAAGAAGAACUUAGUGAUUAAAAUUGUAUUUAUUUUGUAAAUAUUAUUCAAAUAAAAUCUUACUGUAAAAAAUGU